GCUCGAAAUACAAAAUAUAUUUUAGAAAAAACCCGCGCGGGGUAUAGAAGAAGGAAAAAAAAAAGGGGAUUAUAUAAAUACCUUCUGCCUCUUCGAGUCUUAAAUCCCUAGAUCGGAAAGCCCAGCGCAAGCGCAUCCGCCAUCAAAGCUAUUAUUGCCUCUCGAGAACGCAUCUUCUCCAUGGACGGAUCCACCAUCAAAGGUGAUGUGGAAUUGAACGAUAGUGAUGCAGGCACUCGAAAAAGCAGCAGCAUGAUGAGCAGGAUUUACGUUGAGGGAUACGACACAUUGCUCCCUGGCAAGGUCGUUGCCGCUUUGAAAAAACAUUUCGCUUCAUGUGGAGAGGUGAUAUAUGUUUAUAUUCCCGGAUACGUUUGGAAUACCACCCGUCUCAACAGCUUCGCCUUGAUUUAUCUUCGUGGGGAAGGUGCAGAAGAGAAGGCGUUGAAACUUAGUGGAAGCAAGAUGCGAGGACGCAUGUUAGUCGCUGAGGCUUACCCGUUUCACGCCAAACACCUUGACUCUGUCUUGUCUCCUAUGAGAGUCUUAGACAAUAAGCGAUGUCACGUCCGCGCUAUCCUCUUUCUUGAGGGAGAAGACGCAUUAGAGAAGGCGCUGCAACUUAGUGGAUGUGAUGUUGUGAAAGGAUUGGAGAAUAUUGAAGUUUCUGGGGUUGCGGCGCCACAAAAUGGGCGUGACUGCUGCCCCAGCACUCCCAACUUUCCCUUCAAGUCAAGGAUGAAUACGACUGGGAAGAAGAUUGCCAAGAAGAAGAAGAAGAAGAAGAAUAAGACUGUGAAGACUACGGAGUGGAAAACCCUCUCUUAGAAGAACACGAACACGAACACGAAGGUCUUUGGUGUUUUCAUCUUCUUUACUGUUUUUUUUUUAGUUAUCCCAAGCUUGGUUCGGCUUCUUUACUAAGUAAAACCCAUAAUUGCGUUUGAGGCUCAUGAGAUUGUUGAAUGAAUGUCUUAUAUGCAUAAAGAAGUACAUGGAUGUUUUCUG